AUGUCUACAUUUAAUGCUAAAGAAUUUUGUGAAAAUCCUACACUUGAACAAUUAGCCGAACCUAUUAAGAAAGAUGAUUGGCGCUUUAUUGCUCAAUACUUCUCGGUACCUCAUUCGGGUUCAGCAACUAAGAAAGUAAUUAAGGAACUAGUAUUAGAAAAUCUAAUUCAAAGAGAAUUACUUCCCUCUGAAGCCACUGAUUCUUUAAACCCUCAAGAUCCCGAACUGCUUGACGUUAGAGACACUUCCAUUCUGUCUGAUCAGAAAGAGGAGUCUUGGUCCACUGCUCGACUAGAAUUUGAAAAGUAUGCUUUUGAUUUAAAACUUAAGAAUCUACCCCUUGUUCCUUCAUUUCUUGAAAAUGAUCCUGAUGGCUCAUUCCGUAACUUUGAGAAAACUGCUGAACACUUUAAAUGGCCCUAUACUGAGUGGACUUGGCUUCUCCAACCUAAAUUAAGCGGUAAAGCUGCCAUCACCUUUUCAAAUCUUGAUUGCAUUGAUGAUUAUGAAUCUAUAAAACAGUCUAUUCUUGAUGCUUAUGCAAUCACACCUGACGGCUACAGACAAAAGUUUCGAAGUCUUACUAAGUCUCCUCAUGGUACCUUUGCUGAAUUUUUUACUGAGAAGGCUAGAUUGUUUAACAAAUGGCUAGAUUCAACUUCAACUAAAUCUUUCUCACAAUUAAAAGAACUUCUUAUUUUAGAAGAAGUAAAAAGAAAGUUACCCUUCGAUAUCCUUAAGCAUAUAGAAGAUAGGGGUGAAACCGAUCUCCUUAAAGCAGCACAAAUAGCUGAUUCAUUUGCGCUUUUGAAAAGGUCACAGCUGGGUAAGGUAGACAAGGUUAGAUUUUAUGUACAGUCCUCCUCUGGUGAAAACCUUGGGAAUGGUGGUAAAGCUGGCAAAAUUGCACCAUUAAACUUUUGUUCUUAUUGCAAGCGAGCAGGUCAUACCAUAGACAAGUGCAAAGACCCAAAGUGUAGAAAGUCUGGUAUAAAUGUAAGACCAUUCAUAAGUCCAAGCAUCCAAGCUUUUGAACCAAAACCAGUGGCAAGUGUGACAAAUGUAAACUCUCCAGAUCCAUUCAGUGAUUUUAAAUAUCGGGGAACUGUCUCUCUUGAUUCAAUGAGUAAAUCAUAUCCCAUACUCAUCCUUAGGGACACUGGAGCUGCUCAAAGUAUACUUCUAAAGUCUGCUUUACCUGGAAUUGAGACAAAAUAUACAGGUGAAAAAGUUCUUGUUAAAGACUUGACUUCCAAAAUUAGUUAUAAACUAGCAAAUAUUUUUCUCACUUCUGAUUUUGUAUCAGGGGAAAUAAAGAUAGCUGUGACAGAAAAUAAUUUUCCAAUAGAGGGAAUAAGUUUAAUUCUUGGACAUGAUCUAGCAGGGAAAUUAGUGUACCCUACAAUUAAUGUUGUUGCUAAGCCUUUAACCUAUAGCCCAACUAAAGAACUGGAUCAGAAACAACCUCAUAUUUUCCCUGUGUGUGCUGUUACUCGUUCUAAGAAGCUAUAUAAGAAAUCUUCCUUAGAAAAAGAAAAUCCAGUUGAUAAUUUGAUCUCACAAGAGAUCACACGAAGUAAAUUAAUUGCAGCUCAAAACGAUGACCCCUCUCUUGCUAAAUGCAGACAUGUUGCCUCAGACAGUCUUAAAGAUCAAAAGGUCCCUGGUUUUUAUUAUCAUGACGGACUAUUAAUGAGAGUAUUCCGUCCUCCUGAACUCCGUGCUUUAGAUACAUGGUCAGAAGUACAUCAAGUUGUAAUUCCGUUGUCAGUUCGGAAAUCAGUCAUGACACUUGCACAUGAUGGUUUAGCAGGUCACUUAGACUCAGAUCCAUUUGAAAGAAUUGUAAUUGACUGUGUAGGACCACUGCCUAAAACAAAGAAAGGGAACCAAUAUCUCUUUACAAUUAUGGAUACUGCUACAAGAUAUCCAGAGGUUUACCCUUUAAAGAAUAUUUCUGCCAAUUCCAUUGUAAAAUGUCUACUUCAUUUUUUCACUUCAUUUGGAAUCCCUAAAGAGAUUCAAUGUGACAAAGGCAGUAAUUUUACAAGUGACUUGUUUCAAAAAGUCUUAGAACUGUUAGGUAUCUCGCAACAAAUGUCAACAGCUUAUCAUCCCCAAUCACAAGGUUGCCUUGAAAGAUUUCACCAGACCUUAAAAUCUAUGCUUAAAAAGUAUUGCUUAGAAACAGGGAAUUCCUGGGAUGAGAACAUUCAUUUUCUUCUGUUUGCCCUGAGGGAAUGUCCACAAGAAUCACUUGGAUAUUCUCCAUUUGAAUUACUAUAUGGAAGACAGAUUAGAGGUCCACUUAAAGUUCUUAAAGAUCAGUGGUUUUCAGACUCUUCAGAUUCCCCUAAUCAAACAGUGGCAUCUUACAUAGAUAAUCUUAGAGCUAAGUUAUCAGAGGCAAGAAAAUUGGCUCUCUCUAAUCUUCAUAACGUUCAAAUCAAAAUGAAGUCUUCUCAUGAUUUAAAAUCACAAACUCGAGUAUUCUCUCCAGGAGACAAGGUUUUACUGUUCCUUCCAAUUCCAGGAAACCCUCUUAAGAGCAAAUUCAUUGGGCCUUAUGUUGUUUCUCAUAAAGUUUCUGAUUACAAUUAUGUAGUUCAAACUCCUGGUAGACGUAAAGAUACCCAGUUGGUACAUAUCAACUUAAUCAAAUCGUAUAUUGACAGGCAGCCAAAGGAGGACUUUGCCAAAGGCAAAUCUAUUGCAUGUAUGAUUCCUCAGGAAUCUCCCAUAACUUCUAUGUCUAACGAGUAUAUUGAGGAGACUGAUUACAUAGAAAUCCCAGGUCCUCAUAAUCCACAUAACUCUGAGAUAAUAGCUAAUCUUCAUAAAUAUUUAAAUUACUUGCCUGCUUCAAAGUUAAAUGAUGUAUAUGUAAUACUGAAAGAUUUUCCUCAGGUAACAGCUGAUAACCCAGGGUUUUGUGGCCAUACUCUACAUGAUGUUGAACUCACUCCCGAGGUAAGACCCAUUAGGCAAAGUUCAUAUAGACUCAGUCCAGAGAAGAAAGCUGUUAUGAAGAAGGAAGUAGAUUAUCUACUUGAUCAUGGUUUAGCUGAACCAAGUAACUCUCCAUGGGCUUCACCCUCACUGCUAGUGCCAAAACCUGACGGUACCAGUAGAUUAUGUACAGACUACCGAAAGUUAAAUAAAGUAACUAUACCUGACUCCUAUCCUCUUCCUUUAAUUGAAGAACUUGUAGACUCGAUAGGACAAGCCAAAUUCAUAACCAAAAUUGAUAUGCAGAAAGGUUACUAUCAAAUAGGAUUAACAGAUAAUGCUAAAAUCAUAUCUGCUUUUAUAACUCCUUUUGGUUUAUAUAAUUAUACAGUAAUGCCUUUUGGGAUGUGUAAUGCACCAGCCACCUUUCAACGAGCAAUCAAUUAUACCAUUCAGGGUCUUGAAGGUGUUAAAUCUUAUUUAGAUGAUUUACUUGUUAUCUCCAACUCAUGGGAUGUUCAUAUCCGUAGGCUACGCUCUCUGUUCUCCCGCUUAGACGAAGCUGGAUUCACCAUCAACUUGGCCAAAUCUACUUUCUGCAGUGCCUCCGUGACCUACUUGGGACAUAUCGUGGGUCACGGACGAACGUUGCCCAAACAAGCAAACGUAGAAGCAAUCCAGGCAUACCCCACUCCAACAACUCGGAAAUCUCUCAUGAGGUUUUUGGGCAUGGUGGGAUUCUACAGACGCUUCUGCAGUAACUUCUCGUCUAUAGCUACGCCUCUAACGGAUAUGACCAGCUCUAAGUGUGCUUUCCAGUGGACUUCCGAGUGCGCUGAAGCUUUUGAUAAACUGAAGCUCUUCAUUUCUUCGGAACCGGUGCUGAGAACUCCCGAUUACUCUCGUCCUUUCAGUCUGCAGAUUGACGCUAGUGGCCAUGGUGUUGGAGCGGUGCUACUACAAGAGGAUGAAGAUACUCGGGUGAUGCAUCCAGUUUCAUACUUCUCGGCAAAGCUGAAAAAACAUCAAACACAAUACUCUACUAUAGAACGUGAGGCUUUAAGUUUGGUAUUAGCCCUGAAAAAGUUCGACUGCUACCUCCAUAGCCAUCAGCCUGUGGUGGUGUAUACAGACCACAACCCUCUAGUGUUCAUACAUCGGAUGCAGAAUCAAAAUCAACGCAUUCUUCGAUGGUCUCUUCUACUUCAACAGUACAACCUCGUCGUCAAAUAUAUCAAGGGAGUAGAUAACGUCAUCGCUGACAGUCUGUCAAGAGAAUUUCCAACGUCGGAAGAUUCCGCCGACGACCUCCUCGUUCGUCAGAGCUACCGAGGAUUUAAAGGGGGAGCUUCCCAAACCCCUUCCCAUGUUCCAAGUGUAAGAACCGUGCUGAAAGGAUGCAAGGUUGAAUUUGGGCCAUUCACAAACGCUCUCAGGGACCCAUGGGUUCCCUUGCUUAAUUGUGUAACCCUUACCCCUCAUGGGGAUCCUGAAGGUACCACCCUGCAAAGCAUUGUUGCUCCAUAG